CGUUUGAAUGGCGCAGGCUCGGGGCGCCGGGCCCCGGCAGUAGCGACCCUGCGCGUCCCGCCGAUCCCAGCGAGCCCGCCGAUCCCAGCGAUCCUGCCCGCGGCCCGGCCCGGGACCAUGAGCAGCGGGGAUUUGAGAGAUUAUGGCAUCUGAAGCUCACAAUGUUAAAAACCAGAAAGUAUUGCAUAUCGAAGGUCAUCCAGUUGAUCUCCGCAGAAAAGGAAUCUCUUCUUCCACUAAAAAGAUCAUGAAGGAGGGUAAGAAAUCUCCAAAACAGCUGGCUUCAUACACAAACAGAAUAACGGUUGGAAAAACGGUGACCAGUCCCCUCUCUCUUUUCAAAGUGGUAUAUUGUAAAAGAAAAGUUCAUUGUUAUACUCCAAAGCCUUGUUAUAGAAAGAAACUGUGCCCUAAAUCUAGGGGCCGUGACAUGGCAAAUAAAGAAAAUGAACUGGCUUGUGCAGGGAAUCUGCCAGCAAAACUUCACAACAGUCGUACACACUUGCUAAAUUCUAGUGACUCUGGCUCAUCUCAAACAGAAGGCCCCUCAUCCAAAUACAGUGGAUUUUUUUCAGAGGUUUCUCAGGACCAUGAAACUAUGGCUCAAGUUCUUUUCAGCAGGAAUCUGAGGCUGAAUGUAGCUUUAACCUUUUGGAGAAGGAGAAGUAUAAGUGAACUGGUAGCCUACUUAGUGAGGAUACAAGAUCUUGGAGUAGUAGUAGACUGCCUUCCUGUGCUUACAAACAGUUUACAGGAAGAAAAACCAUAUGUUUCAGUUGGCUGCUGUGUAGAUCUUUUGCCUUUAGUGAAAUCUCUGCUUAAAAGCAAAUAUGAAGAAUAUGUGAUAGUUGGUUUAAACUGGCUUCAGGCUGUCAUUAAAAGAUGGUGGUCAGAACUAUCUGCACAUACAGAAAAGGCAGAGGAUGGAAAUAUUCAUAUUUUAAAACAACAACUGAGUGUUUUAUGGGAACAGGAGAAUCGUCUUACUCUGGUUCCUGGAUAUACUGGUAGUAUAGCUAAGGAUGUAAAUGCUUAUUUAUUACAGCUACACUGACAUGAUUGAGAAACUAUGUGUGCUUAUGUGGUGAAACAAUCCCCUAAAGUAUCCCUGAAAUACGUACUGAAAGCCUUUUGAGAAAUACUGGCAGAAGAGAACUGAACUGUCAAGCUGUUUAAUGAAACCACUAACAAAAUCCUAGCAAUCUACUUCACAUUGAAGUGGAAAAAUGUCUAGUAGGAGCAACUUUUACUUCAGUGAGGUGAAAGUGCACUAUGAAAACUGUAUGCCUUUGCUGCAUUUGGGAUUCACUCAAUUACUAGGUAUUCAUUUAAAUGCUACUGUAUUUUCCUACAACACCGCAUAAAAGAAGAUGAAUUAUACUGUCAUGAAGGCAAGACAGCAGAACCAGUUAUAAGGAACCAACAAAAGCAAUCAGCAUUAAGAGCUUUUAAAUGUCUCUCACAAGAGAACUCCAAAAUGCACAACUAUCUUCCAAUUACAUUAAAAACCCAACUUUGGGAUAUUCAGUUACUUCUGUGUUUUAAUCAAAUUAUUAAAGACAAUUUUUGUUUGCACUAAAUAGAAACUAUACAGCAAAGAUGCCUUAAUUACUAGUGUUUUGAAAAACCAAUGUGUUAAGAUGCAAAUAGCUAUUAUGUUCAAGAUUGUGAUGAAAAACUACAAAAAAUCAGGGUUUCACAUUGUGUAGUUAAAUAUUGCACAUAUACAAAGAUUCAUGUAUGAAAAAAUAUUAUAAAUACCUGAAGUUAAGCUUGGAUAAACAGUUAUUGCAAAUGUCAGCAGAAUGGUGAAUUUAUGUCUAACAAAUGUUUUUAUAUUGUAUGUGGAUUUCUAACACAGUAAUCUUGUUCUGUAUCAUUUAAACUACAUGCAAAUAAGUAAAUACAUUAAAUAUAUCUACUGUUUUUUUCUUUUCAAGUUCAAAAAAAUACCAAUUUCUAGAACCUGUUCCACAGUACUUUUUAUCAUAGAUAUUUAUGUCUGUUGUUUGAAAUGUUUACAGCCAGGUGAGGCCAUGUUAUUCAAAUCACACCCUUUUUAUACUACCUCCUUUAAGAAACUGACAAAGAGCUUUUGCAAAAUCAAGUUCUAGCCUGAUCAGUGAUGGCAAAUUUAUACCAAGAAUAGCUUUGAGAAUACAGCUAUAAAUUCUUUUGCUGUCAUAUUGCUAUGCUGUUUUAUUUUAAAAGCUAUAACUUAAUAGCUCUGAGGGAGUCUUGAUUUUAGGCUUGCUGUUGCCUUUUUUAAUUUUGUGAUUAGGAAGAAUGUGUUUUCAAUUAAAACUUAUGAAGUGCCAGCUCUUUACUUAAAACAUAGAUAUACAUGCACAGCAUGUAUGACCAAAUCUACUUUCUUAGAAAAUUAAGUACUUACCAGGGUUGUUCUCAUACUAGCAUUAAGCAUGUGCACUUUUAUUGCUGUGCAGGAGAAGAGUCUUUUGAUAGCCCCAAGUGGUUUUUGCUUUUCAAAUUAAAUAAAUGAAUUUAAAACUCUUGUAGUGGUCAAUAACUUUAGGCCUCCCAAUGCUUCAUUUUGUAUUUAGUUAACAUAUUGUAAUUACAUUAUUGCUGACUCCUAAAGGCCAACUAGAAAUCUGUCAUCAGAACUUGGUGCUUUUGGUUAUUUGAAUAUGCUGUAAACCACCAAAGGUUUUGCACUUCCCAGGGCAGUCAGUUGCAGAGAAAAGUUUCUGGGACAUGCCAAAACCAAUAACUUUGUGGGACAAUCUGGAGACAUGCGCAUAGCCAAAUUAUUUUUGCUAGAGUUGUUAGUUAUUAUUAGAGAUAUUUCAUGCUCAAAAAAGUUUGAGAUAGAACUUUUCAAAUGUUCUUGCUGUCAAUUAAAAAUUUAAAGAAACUACAGUAUGACAACAUUCUUGUAUUACUUUACUGUUCUGUUGAGCAAUUAAAUGUAAAAGUAACAUAGAGUCUAGCUUCAUAAUUUGGGUAGUAAUUGCUGAAGCUCUUAGAUUAUUCCUCAAGGAGAAUACUCUAAAGAUAAUGGAAACUUGGAUCUUUUCUCUUGUGUUUUUUUUAAUAGACAAAAUAAAGUAACUCAAGGCCAUUUACUUCUGAUAAUAGAAGUAAUAAUUGUAAUUGAUUAAAGGGAUACCCUAGUACUUAAAAAACCGGUUUGACUGUAGAUGUAAAUACAUGGGCUUAUAAUGAAUUCUGUGUGUGGCCAUGGAGUUAGCAAAUCAUAACUGUGGAUGGUGCUUUUGUUCUAUAGGCAAGGUAAGAUUGACUUGAGGAUCAUUAUUGAGGAAUUACUAAUAAAAUAGUGCAUUCUUUUUAACUGCCAAAAGUUGUAUUUUGACAGCAUCAAUAAUACAGUAUUAAACAUUAAGUCGGUAUCUGUGCCUUAUUUUAAAUGAAUUUUCUUACUGUUUUCAGGCAGCUACUAGACUGUAAGAACAGGAUUCUGAUGUCUCCAUUAUGAAAUGAUUUUACUGUCAUGAUCUUAAUUAAUUGAAGCUGUUCACACCAUAUUCAGGCUCAGAUUCUUGUAUUCUCUUUAGUUCUCAAAUGGCUAGGAAUCAGUUUUACUGUUACAGAAUGUACAUGUAUAAUGCCUCGUCAAAGGACAUGAGUAAAAUGUCUUAAUAGCUGCAUAACUCCAUAAAUUCCAUAUCAUUGUCUCAGUAAAUCCAAGGAUUAAGUUUAUGAACUAUCAUAUGCAUAAAUGCUAUCAUGUGAUACCUUCUGAAAAUGCUGUUUCUAGGAUAUGUCUUAAGAAUCAAGCAGAAUUAAUCCUUUUCCUGUGUGUUCCUGUGAUGCAGAAGCACGUAUGUACUUGAGGAUGAAGGAUUCCUCCACAAAGCUGUUCUUCAUGUUACACUACGUGAUGUGAAAUUAAUGUCUUUGAAAAACAAUGUGUCUUUUGCCUCGGUGUCCCCUGAAAAUACUUGAGGCUGUUUUGUUGAAAGAGUACUUAUUUGAAGUGUGACCCAGGACUUACUUAUCCCCUAAACUGAAACUGGAGAAUCCUUCUGGCAAUCUCUCUCUUUCUGCAGGCUAAGGGAAAAAAAAAUCCAGUGUUUCAUAACUGUAAGAGUCAAAGUUUAGGUAUUGCUGAGAGCUUGCUGAAGAGUGGAGAUAAAAAAAGCUACCCCAUUAAUUAGCUGGAUAAGAAGUUAGCAUGUCUUAAUGAUUAUGUGUGUCUCUGUUUUGAAGGAGUUACACUUACUUCUCAGUAAAGAGUGCUCUCAUAUCACACAGGUAGUGCAGUUUUAGGCUACUUAAUAGUGCUUACAGAUUGUUGCUGGUAUUAAAAAAUUUAGCAUUAGCCCUCCAGGUGCUUACCUUCUGCAGUGAGAUAUAAAGAAAAUGAUCUCUCCCUUCCUGUAGGCUACUUUACUGUUAUCACAAUUUUAACACUUGAGGUGCAGGAGGGCUGGGAGAAAAGGAAAGGAGAAAAGAAAAAUGCACUGUGUAGAGGGAUAUCAGCCCCACUGCAUUAUACCAUAACUUAAAGCAGGCUGUGUUUUCAUUUUCUGGCAUCUGAAGCAGGCAAGUUUGGAGUUAGAAGUCUUUAUGCACUUUGCAUUGAAGAGAGAAAGGUUUUGAAGAUGGAUGCUAUAGUGCUAAUUUGUGAUGUGUUGAUUCUUUUCUUUCAUGAGUGAGUGGACAUUUUUGUGUGUAGAAACUUGAAAGUAUCUAAGCUUACAUUUUGAAUUAGCAAAUGGUUGCUUUUGCCAAUUCAUCUUGCCAGAUCUUCCAGUUUUACAGAAGACUGAACAUCUGUCUAAGUGUAGAGAUUUGCAGCUAUAUUUUGUGCCGAGUUUUCUGGUACAAAGGGAAACAGGUGUUUCGUAGUCAACUAUUUCAGAAUACAAAACCAUGCAAAUUAUCAAACUGGUGUGAAGUUAUUCCAGCUUUACACAAUGCAAAUGUUCAAGUUUAUGCAAGCAGUUGAUUCUUGUGUGAGGAGCUUUAUAUUGAACUGUUGCUGCAUUAGAGGAGGGGAAAAAAAAAUAAGCCAUUUUUAAGAGCCUUUGUAAAAGCCAGACAGUGUAGUCUAAUUUUUGUCUUCAGUCUACUAUCCAAUACACAGUAAUCAUUGUAGGCUACAGAUGAACAUUCACAGAGGAAAUAGAUUGAGUGUGCUUAUUAAUGCUUAUAUUAUCCUUCUUUAAACAAUUUAUGUUUAUUCCAUGAGUUUAAUGGCUUGGUUUGUCUCAGAAUGAGACUAAAUGCAAGUGUUUUUCUCUCUGCUUUCACAUUCGUUCUUCAAGUCUUAAUGAAGUUAUUUAUUUCUCUUCUACUUUAAAUAUACUAUGAGUGUCUAUUGUUAGAAGGGGGGAGGGGAGGAUGGGAAUUCUAGACAAAACACAGGGCUAACUAUUUAACAAGAUUGUGAAAACUUUUCAUCUUUAAAACUUUACACACAGACUUUGCUAAUACCUACUAAUUGAAGUGGGCACUCACAGCUGCAAGUUUGAUUUUGAACCUUGUUGAAAAAAAAUAAAGUGUUUUCAUUCUAAAUAAGCAUAGCUGCAGUAUUGUUUCUAUUUCUUGGUUUUUUUGCAUUGACUACUAAACUGGAUUCUUAUUAGCUAGAUUAACCUGCUCUAAGAGAGACAGGAUGUGUAGCACUGUCCCUUAAAGGGAUAAGAUAGAAAUAUUCACAUAGUCUUCAACUAUUGCAGACCUAGAAUAUUGUUGUUUUCAUACUGACUGGAUUUUUGUAGUAUCUUUAUGUAAAUUGUAGCUGCUGAUCACAUUGCUAUAAAAUGAGAUCUGCUGCUUUCAGGUUGAAUGCGGUGCUCAGUUGUUUCUGAUUCAUAUGGAACACUGCUUUAGUUCAGGCAGUCAUUACUCUGAGUGCUAAAAUAUAGAUGAGCAGCUAACUGUUGGAGUCUCGAACAUCUGUGCUCUGCUGUAACAAGAUACAAGGAUGCCAUGUUCAUGUUUUCCACCUUUAUAUUUUUCUCUUAUUCCUUAAGUGCUUAAACCAAUUUUAAUCCCCUCUGGAAAAUGAUAUCUUGCAAAAUGUGAUAAAAUGCUUUUACAAGUACGCUUCUGACUUGUUUUAAUACAGUUCUGUGAAUAAUAGUUUUCUCUGGAUUUUGAGAGGAUGUUUUCUAUAUGUGUAGGCUUGAAAUAAACAGAACCAAUGGAUUUUACUGAGAUUGUAUUCAUAUCCUUGAUACUUUUUUUUUUUUACAUAAGCACUAUGUGUAUCGUGAAACAAUUAAGCUAAAUCUAAAUAUCAAGAUAAUAUUACAUUCCAAGACUACCUGUUCUUACAGGUGUAAGUGUGUUGAAAUACAUACGCACCCUAGUAUCAUACUUUAAAGUGACCUGCAGACAGUUUCAAAUAGCUCUUGUAAGUUAGUUUGAUGCCUCUUUUGUCAAGUUGUAUUUAAUCUAUUGAACUUCACUUUGAAAAGUCUGAAUUAUGUUUGGAUCUUGCAGUUGUCGCUUUUAUUUCAGAUAUUCUAUGGAUUGAAAGACUUAAUAAGUAUUCCAGCUUCAGAAAAAUAGCUGGUCUUUUUCUCUUUGUGACAACAGGCUUUCAUUAAAUCUCUUCUGCAUGAAGCAAACUUCUCUAAGAGUUAAAUAAUUUUUAGAGACACUUUCAGAGGAGGAUUGCCACAUACAAGAAGCCUGUGGCGUAUUUGGUUUUAAAUGGGAAAAUUGCACAGAUACAGGCAGCUGUUAGGACAAUGCACAUUUCAUUACUAUUGAAUUGUCUUAUCACAUAUGAAUCAGCUGUCCUAUUAUCUACUUAGUAUAGAUGAAAGUGGAAUGAUGGAUUGUUGAGGAGUUGAAGUCUUAACAAGUCUUGACUGUGAGAAACUAAAACUGUUCUUUCCAUUCUGAUGAAAUUGCUGCAAUGAAUGCAGAAAGGAAGUAUUUUGUGUAUUUGGUUUGGAGAGCAGAAGUCUCUUAAUACUUUCUCUGUACUAAUAGUACUUUGUCUUGAAGCUUAAAGGCAUAGGCAUUUAUGUGUUUGCUUAAAAUAACAUUAGGUUUCUGACUGAAAAGGAAAAAAAGUCUUGCUGCAUUAGUUUAUUUCUGAAUGACUGUGCCACCUCAUGUUCCAGCUGCAGAAAAUAGUAAACUAUAAAAAUAUAAUUAAGCACCACUGUACAAAUAGUGUUAAAAUUUUAUUUUCAGCAUUUUAAGGCUUAGGCUAUUAUUAGUAAAGCAGUAAAGCAAAACAGGACUAAGGAAUUAAUGGGCAGGUUUUGUUCUCAGCCUUGUGUUUUAGUAAGUCUAAAAGCUUGACUUUUUAAUCAGCCAGAAUGAGUGGUGAUCAAUGGAGGUGUUAAUUCUGGAACAAUUCUUUGCCAACAGCCAGCAUUAGCAUAAGAAUAAGCAGGGUAGCUGCUUGUGAAGUGAACCUGGCCCACCAAAGCAACUGUCUUUUCACAUAAAUUUUCUUAGGAAGAACCUUUCUGGUACUUAUAAGUAAAAAUGAAUUUUUUUUUUUUUUUUGGAAGAUGUUACAGUUACGGUGUUUCUGGAUAAAGAGGGCAGAGAGGGAAUUCUGAAGAGCAAGUUUUCUAAAUGUCGUUUCAAUUGGAUGAUAGGGAUCCCUCCUGCAAGGGAUACCUCUAAAAAGUGCUGCCCUCUGAGUGGUGGCAUCAGUAAUUAUUAAAAGGGGGUUGAGGGCUCAAACACAGGCAAACUAAUUCAGGCAGUGCCUGAUGUGUGUCUUCCUGGUUGGCGAUGCAGGAAAUUGACUUGCAUAAAGCUAGGGAAGGGAGAGUGUUUAAGAUCCAGUACAAAAAUUCCUAUCACCUGAAAAGGAUGCCUGUGAUUGUUGGGUGAUUAGGGUAUGAUGAUACUGGAAGUCUUUCCAGUCCUGUAUGCCUAAUUCACGGCAAUGAGGCACUUCAUGAAGGAAGGUUGGAGACUUGAUGCUCAGAGAGCAGUCGCGUUUCCUCCCGAUUGCUGCUCUCCCAGCCCUCUGACGUGUUGGGGCACACCUGCUUGGCUGAAUUCCCAGCUUCACAUCCUUGUCACUUAUCCAAGUGAGAAUAAAAUGCCUUCAUAUUUGGCACACCUAGUUUCCCAAGUGGUGUCUUGUACCUCAAGUCUUCCAGGUUCUCACUACAAAACAAAUUAUCAGCUUAGUGGCAUUGAACUGUGAAAACUCAAGAGUCUUAUGCCCUAUGCAGGGCAACUGUGGAUGCUACCACUUGGUUUACUCCUUAGAUUAAUAGUAGAGAAGCAUAAUGGCUGUUUUAGUCAGGAGGUUUAAGAUGAAGCUGGUGUAUUAAGAGUGUGUGUAUAUAAAUGGUUUUUGAACAUAAAUACCAGUAUUCUACCAGUAUUAAUUAAAAAUGCCUGCAGUUUUGAACCUUUACAAAUAGUAGGCCAGUGACUAAUUAGGGAGAAAUCCUUCUGCUUAGAGGCGACUGGUUUGUCGGUUUGGGUUGGAUUUUUUUCCCUAUUUACCCAUCUUGCCUCCCUCUCUGAGUACAAUUCUUUAAAUUUGCCGAUGCCUCUUAUAAGCUUGCAAAAAAUGAAAAUUUAGUCUUUCUGACCACACAAAAUCAGGGAGUUGGGCAGAGUGAGGACAUCUUGUUCACACAAUGCUGUAUAAGCACAUGUAUGCACUCAUUGCUGUACAGCAGUGUCAUUUUUUGCACUUUCCUCUGCACUCCAAUACAUUUAUGCUUCUAUUGGUGGCAUAUCCCUUAAUAUCUCUAAAGGGAUUCUUUCCAUCUCACAAUUCUUGAUUCAAAAAGCAGAUUAGCUGCUUUCCAGAUGAACAGAUAAGAUUGCUACUGAAGCUAAAAACAAGAAAGGAAAAAAAACCAGAAAACCUUCACACAAACAACCCAAAACUCAACCCAAAACAACAAACUAGAAUGUACUUGUCUCCAGCAUAAGUAGCACUGUGGCCAGAUGACAAAAAACACUAUUACCAAUUUGUCAUUAAAAAGGGGACAUAAGAUUGUCUUUCUGAGCAAAGAGUCUGACAUUACAAGUUGUUUGAGGGUUUUUUUUUAGAAUUUUAGUGCAUUGUGAUUUAGUUUAUUUUCUACAGUGUCUGAAUAUUUGUUUUGUGACCUCAGCCACCCUACUUAGAAGGGUUGUAAAUAAGAAGAGAACGCCCUUCUAGCUGUCUUCACAAUUGGCAGCUUGCUAACUUCAGCUUUUACCUUGGGGACCAGCAAGAUGUAUUUCAGCAUUUCUGCAUGCAGGAUUUGGCAUACGUACUUCAGAUGCUGUUUCCUCAUUUGAUAGUUUUCUCUGAGCUAUGGAAAAUGAGCAUUUAGCCCCUGGUGACUCCUCCAAGUCCAGCUUGGUUGAAACAGUCGAGAAUUCUGCUUAUGUGAAAGAAACUGCAAGACAUCAUUCAUAAACUCACCAAAUCUAAAUCUUGAUUGUAAUAGGCUUUUGUAUUCAGAAAUUGUUAAUCUACAGGUCUUGGUAUCCUCAUUAAUACUUUUUUCCUGACAAAAUGGAUUGGUUAGUGGUUGCUUUGUAGUAUUUAUUAAGCUUAUGCUAUUUUUCAUACCUUAUAGAGCAGUUCCAAUGCAUUGCUCUGUCUCCAAGUUACUGCAGCCCACAUGUGUUCCUGGUGUUCAGCAUAACUAACUGAUUUUUCAGACUUACUUGAAGUCAUCUUUUGGCCAGGAAAUGUAUUCAGAACUCGAACUGAUUUUAAUGGUCUGCAGUAAUACCUUCACUGGUGUUCAGAAGCAUUAUGCUUUUUGACAAAAGUAUCUUUUUUGUUGGCAUUGCAGCAGUAUAAUUGAAUUUUACUGUUUCAACAAUGAGAGACUCAAGUGAGAGGAAGAACUAAUUUGAGUCGGAUGGCUCCAGAAAGCCCUGCCUUUUGCUCCCAAAUCUAGUGGUGAGAUAAAAGGAAGAUAAACAGCAAUUACUGCUGUAAGGACUGUUUGAACCCAGCCUCAAUCACAUCUACUGUCUCAUAUACUGCUUUUUCUCCUCAUGGCACUACUCCUUGAUCCUUGUGAGCUUCAGACAAAGCAUUGCCUCUGCUAAGAGACCCUUUUGCUGAACCCUGAGUAGAAUUCUUUCCUAGCAGAACUUCCCUUAGGAGAUGUUCCAAACUCAUCUCAAGUUGUGUCAAUGCUUCAGUUAUAAAAGAGUCUGCUUUUCUUUCUUGUAUGUGCCUGUUCUAGGUUAAGAUCCUGUUGUGUGCUUUGAAUGCCAGGAGAAUCUUCUACUGUUAAAUGCACAAGCUCAGACUUUCUAAUCUCCCUAUGUUUUGUCUGCCACAGAGUCUGUCCAGCCAGAUAACGGGCUGUGUAAAAGCCUGCGGUGGGACUUGCUGGUGGUUCACCUGAGCUCGAGCUUUCUGUGGCCUUGCUGAAGAAUGCUCCUAUUCCAGGUAGCUACUCUGCAGCCAGUAAAAGGUCCAGUUGCUUUUUCAUCAAGCAUCACAUUAUUUUAUGGAGAAAGAGAUUAUCAGUUUCAGAGAUAACCAGAUUGGUGCUUUUUAUUUAGUUUGUUGUUUGGAGGGUUAUUUCUUCUUUUCUAAACAGAGGAGAAGGCUUUGUAAUGUAUUACAUUGGAGGCUAAGUGUAAUACAUAUUUUUAAGAGUUUAUGCACUACUUCUUUCCCUCUCCAUCCCAUCCACCCAUCCCCACAACUCUUGCUUGAAUACAAAGCUUCCUCUUCCCAAUAUUUUGACAUGUCAGUAUCUAAAAUCAUAUCGUUACACUUGCAAAGAGUAGCUCUAAACUAGACACCAGAGUCUCUAUCACCUAGAGUAAAUACCACUUUUAAGAUACUUUGCUGAAUUCUUUAGGCUUGCAGAAAACAGUGAAAGUCAUAAAUGAAAUACUGCAAUAAUCUUUUUGUAGGUCAUAGUUACUUUGGUUUUAGAUUUUUAUUUUAGGAAAAUGAAACACAAAAUUAAAUUCAGGAUUUCUUCUAUCUGUGUCAAAGCUACUUAUUCCAGUGGUCUCUGGUUUUUACUAGCCAGUAUACAGAGCUUCCCAGAGGAGCUUCCUGUCAAAUAUGUUUACGCUACAUUUACAGAUAAUGAAAGCAAGUAGCUAGACGGGAGGAAAAGGCAUUGCAAGUUGACUUAUGCUAUUAUUUUUUUCCAAAAAUGUAUGAGACAUAGAAAAAUAACCCAUUCUUAACAUGGCUCAAAAAAUUAAGGAGGAAGGAAACAUAGGUAUCCAAACCCAUGAAUCAUAUGGCAAGUACAAAACAUCAUGCUGCAGUUACAAAUAAAUAUUUUAUAUGACAAAGCUAGUAUUAUAAAUCUAAAAAAUAUUUCAUUUAACCCCACAGUGCUUAUCUGAGAAAUAGAAAAUCCUGUUUUGGGCUAAACUAUUAAAAUACUAAAAAAAGAAAGAUUAAUAUAAUAUAGAAAUAAUCACUGUACUUCCAUAGGACUCUUACUUACCUUUAGUCUAAGGUUGACAGGUAUAUUUGAGUCAAACAGGAACAACUACUACAUAUUAUAAAGCUGCUGAUCGUGUUUCUUUAAUUAAACUGUUGAACACACUGAAUAACAAUGUAACGACGCAUAGAAAAUUAGCUUGUUUGCCAUUGAUUAAUGAUAGAUAAUGUGUGCAGUUCCCCACAGUGGUUCAUUUGAACAGUUCUCUGUGAUGUACGAACUCUGGCUCAUUAGCGCAUGCCUUUACUUGCACAGUGAUUCAGCAUAAAGGCCCACACAAAUAGGAAUGCACUUUUAAAGAUAAAGACAGGAUUCAUGUUUAGCUUACUUACAGUGUAAUGGAGGUGUAAUGCCCCUCCAAAUUAUUUCAUUCAGGUAAACAAGGCAAAGAUUGAAGGGUAGAAGAAAAAAAGUUGCUUAUUUCAAUAAUAGCUUGAAAAGAGUUAGAGAAGAAUUACAGGCCAAUACAAUGAAAGAAGACAGGAAAAGCUAGCAGCAGUUAUUCUUUUAAGUGCUGAGUUUCAAAGAAGUAGCAGCUGGUAAACUCAAGUAUCAGCUGUGCACAUGUACAGUUAUUUAUCUCAAAUGUCCAUGUACAAGAAAGGUGUGUACAGAUUAACUUAAAGCCAAGGACAUUUACAGUUCUCAGCUUCUCAAGAACAGUCAGAAUGUGUUUAAAAGAAAAAAAGGUUUCUACAGCUACUGCUGUAGAUAAGUAGUAGGAGUAGCUAAAGCUUCAGAAAAAAAACCCAAAGCACUGCAGAAUCAUUUUUUCAUUUCUGAGAUCAAGAAAUAGCCAACUGAAUCCAGAGCCACUAAUUUUCUCUAUAAAUAAGAAAAUGAGUUUAAGGGCCAGCUUUGUUUCUUUUGCUUUGUCAAAUAAUGUGACUUCAUGUGUUUUACUACUUUGAUAUUUAGUUUGAAUACGGAUUUGGUAAUAGUACACACUGUAAUAGUUUUUGUAACAACAUAUUUAAUACACCAAACAGAAUGUUUAUCAUCUAGAAAUUGCUACUCCAGUUCGUCUUACGUUGUUAUAAAUCCCACUAUAAAUUGUGUAAAAUAAAGCUCCUCCACAAAAAAAAAAAAAAAAAAAGUAGGGAAAGAUGGGCUUUGAAAUUAUGCAAAUUAAUCUUUGGUCUUUGGUUAUUCACCCCCUUGAAAACCAGCAUCAACCUUCAUGAUAGGCCAGAAAUGGUUAAACUUGUAGCCAGAGGGAGGAUCUCUGCUGCUUUGGGCCUUUAUUUCUUCAGGUUCUCCUAGCACAGAAGCAACUGUAGCAUAAUUUAAGCAACUGCUUAAGGCUCUCUGAAUUAGAGCAUCCCUUUGCAUGUCAGAUUCAGGAUUUCCCAGACUCUCUGCUGGGCAGACAACGUGUGGACCUGCUCUGUGAGCAUGUUGCUUGGUUCCUGAACAGGCUUCUCUCCGGUAGCACAUGCUACCCAUGCACUCGCAGCUGCCUUGUGUUGCUCUGACCUCCUGUCUCACGGGAACCAGUUCUACACAUCAUAUGAUCUACUUGAGCUUGACAUACAAAUAAAGGAAUGUUGGUUUGUGGUAGUCUAUCACCCAUACUGCAGUAAAGCACAAGCCUGCUUUCAUAUGUCCUUCUGUAAAGGAUGUGAUGAUAAUGCUGUGGCAUUAUGGAAGUAGAAUCCAGAUGUAAAAAAAAUAACACAGCAUUAGACUGCUUACCAAAAAAUAAGCACUGUAAGCUGCUUAAUUUUUUAGAAACCAAAUAUCCCGGUGAUGUGUCAUUCUAGCCUCAUGUGAAUGAUUACAGGUGCUGUCCCCACACGUAACAACACAGGAAUCUGAGAACGUGUGUAGCACCAUUCUGUGGGGCGUAGCUUCUUAACUAGUCAGCUUAAUGAAUGCUGCAGUUAAGCACACUGCUUGCAUGGUUUUUGAACAAUUGCUGCUUAACAGAGAUGUAGGGACAAAUCUCUACGGAGAACAGGAGCACAUGAGGAAUGCAGUCAAAGUACUGUAAAACUGGCUUCCAGGUUACCAUCAUGUUACACCCAUACUUGUUCUGCUUGCACGAGGGAGUCUGGAAAUUUUUACAGAAGGAAAUUAUGCUCCUUUUUCCUGCAUUUAAACUAUCAAUUAAAUUUCCUCCACCAAAGCCUGAAAUUUGAAUUCAGUAAAGAUCAGUUCAGCUGCAACCAGACAAAACUGGUUAUUAUCUGGCAAUCUCAAUGUCAGCAUUUGCUAUCUCCUGUGAAAAGUGUGCCAAACUAGAAUAUUCUGUUCAUGGUUUUGGACAUAUAAGAAGUGAAAACAAUUUAUUCUUAAAACAAACAAACAAAAAACCCCAACAAAUAAAAAACCAACCAACCAAACAAACAAACCCCACAACCAACCAAAAAAAAACCCACAUCAUGAAGAAAUUUAUCCACUCAACUUGAGGUGAAAGCAAACAAGGGAGUAGAAUGCUAGCUCUCUGAGACUUAGAAGUCCUCAAUCAUACGUGCUGACUCCAUACUUUGGGGAUGGAUGUGUUGGAGAUGCAGAAAUUAUUCUGACAACUACAGAGUUUAGAGGGGAUUAAGAGAUUUUUCUGCCCCAGCAUAGUCAUUUAGGUUGCCAAAGACCUUUUAGAUCAUCAGGUCCAGCCAGUAACCUAACACUGCCAAGUCCACCACUAAACCAGGUCCCUAAGACCACACCUACACGUCUUUUAAACACUUACAGAGAUGAGGACUUCACCACUUCCCUGGACAGCCUGUUCCUGUGCUUGGAAGCCCUUUUGGUGAAGAAAUUUUUCCUAAUGUCCAAUCUAAAUCUCUCCUGGUGCAAUUUGAGGCUGUUUUUCUUCCUGUCACUUGUUACCUGGGAGAAGAUAUUGACCCCCACCUUGCUACAACCUCUUUUCAGGUCGUUGUAGACAACAAUAUCUCCUCUGAGUCUCCUUUUCUCCAAGCUAAACAACCCCAGCUCCCUCAGCUGCUUCUCAUUAGAGUUAUGCUUCAGACCCUUCACCAGCUUUAUUGCCCUUCUUUGGACAGGCACUCUGUUUAAAGCAGAGUGGGAUUCUGGAGCAACUGAAGAUGGUGGCCUGUGUACCUUCUGCCCCAAGUCAGAUGUAGGACCCUCUCAGGGCAUCUUAUGUUCAGGACAACAAAAAGACUGUUGCUGAAUCCAGGUGCAAUCCUGACUUGUUCUGUCUGUGUUCUAAUCAUUUCUAAUGUAGAACAGAAAAUGUCCAGUAGAUGGCAUUAUGAUUCCACACUAUAAUAAAUUUAUUUAAAAAAAAAAAAUCACUGCUGAAAAGAUAUGCAUCACAAUUUUUCUUAAUUCUGUGUUUAAUCACAGUAAGGCUCUUUGGUAAGGAGAGAGCUCAGUAAAUGAGUUAACCUAGCUGUGGCCUUUCACUGUGCCUUUAUGCCAAAUUCUUCCAUCUACCUUCAAUUGUGUAUUCUCAUAAAUCUGCUCUCAUUGGCUGGGCAUUUUGAUUUCUUCUCACCUCUAAUUAGUUUCUCAAAAAAAACAUAGGAUGUAGCUGUGCUACAGUAUUCAAAUGCACAUGUAGUUCUUACUUAUUCAUGUCAGCAAGGAUUGUAUCUUUGCUUCUCCUGAACAUACGUGAACCAGAAUUACUCAGCUGGUGUUCUGGGUGUUGUUAUCUGUGUACCUAUACUGAGGGACUGACUCAAAGAUUAUGAUAAGACUAGAGGCAGAUGGCUGAAGGUGCUCCCUGCUUCUCUGGUCAAGGUCAACACUUCUGCAUAUUACAGCCUGAGUCAUACACAAAACAGAUUUUGGACUGCUGCUGUUUGUGGUCCAGUAUAUUGAACUAAACUAGUAUCACUGACAGGAUUGUGAUCCUUUUCAAAUGUAAAUAUUUAAAUACUAGCUAAGAUGCUACCAGCUUUAUGGAAAGAGAAGUUUUCAGAGAAAUUGCACUGAAAUAUUCAAGGGUGAAUUAAAUGCUUUAAUAAUGGUGUCCUGUAAGCAAAGAAUAUAUAGCAAGUUUUGCUAGCAUUCCAACUGUGAAAAGAAUUCAGCACAAAAAUAAGUUCUGCUACAUUGUUUGAAAAGUCCUUUUGUCCUCCCAGGAAUAGAAAACUCUCUUGCUACUUAAGAGUAUCCAACCGUAUCCCAAAGUACUUAAUUGUUCAGAAACAGCUAUGAUGGUCUUGGAUUUUGAUGUUUUGUUCAGAGGGAUUUAAUGGGCCUCCUCUGCUUUUUCAGUUUGUAUGUGAAACCGCAUGUGAGAUCAGUGUUAUUAGUUUGAUGGCAUUGCAUUAAUCUAGACCUCCUCUUUGUUCAAUCCAUUAGGGACUGUCAGCUCUCAUCCAUCUGGCUGACAGUUCUGUAGUGGUAGUGGUGGCUAAUGGAAGUAACUCAAACAAAACUGUAAAUGUGCUUGUGAGCAGGGUAGAACCUCUGAGAAAAUUGCCAUUUUCUAUGUAGCUGUUACUCAAGGAAUGAAUCCAUCAAUGAAGAUGCAGCCGCAAAACAUGGAGGUCAUCCUUGAUUGCACUUUCAAGUUAUUGGAAUUUUUCGGUUGUUUCAAUUGCACUGAAGCUGUUGCUUGGCAGUUUUAUCUGAUUUUUGAUCAGAGAUUCACUUGAAAUCAAGUGGCAGACAUGGCUUUGCUAACAGUAAAAUUCCUUCCAGAAAAAAACAGGUAGCAUCUCCUAGGUGAGGUACUAUUUAUUUUGAUAAAUAUAUACCUGGACAUUUUUAUUUCUUUGUUUCCAUUUGUACUAUUGUUGAUCUGGGAUUUGGUUUUUUUUUACCUGGAAGGCAAACACCCAUAGCAUGAUAUCAAAACUCACAAACAGACUUGUGCAAUCCACUCAAGUGAGCUGCCGAUGUAGCUAGUCUUAAUCUAAAAAAGGCAGUAAUCAAUCAAAUUAAUUAUUUUCUCAGUUGUGUACACUUAAAAAUAUGGUAACCGAUAUUAGUGCAUGAAAUAGAACUUUUAUAUGUAAAGACAUUAUGUGGUUAGAGGACAAGGAACUAUUUACCUAACACUGAAAAGGUUGCAUGCCAAUGCAGCUAUUGGAUAAGGCAUUUAUGUGUGUCUGUGUGUAUAUAUAUAUAAAAUUAGUCAUAUAUAAAGAUAUGCUUCUGCAAUGAAAGCUGCAACCACAGUCAAGGCUUCUACAUGAGGAUAAGAUUCUAGCCAAGAUGCUGUUUAAUUAACUGCUAAGUUUGUUAGCAGGAUGAUACAGAGAGAGAGAAGCUUCUUAGAUUAGAUUAUGAAAGAACAAAUGAGGUUUUUUCUUUAGGUUCUCCAAGUAUUUAAACCAAGAAACUGUAUUAUGUAGCUUAUAAAAAUAAAUUAUUUGUUCAAGAAAUCCUUAAAACUGGAGGGCAUGAUCAUUCUUUGUGGUCUGACAGUGUUUUAAUACAGUUCCUUGAGGAUAUUUUAAAAAUAUGAGCAUUUUUACACUAACUGCAAAUAAAAGCUAUUAACAUGA